GUCUUUUAGAAUUUCUUUCGUUCUCCGAAUGGUCGUCCUUGUCGAGCGUUAACAAAGAUAUUAGAAAUUUAGCUGAGGACAAAAGGCUCUUCAGGGAAGAGGUACUAGAGCGCUACUUGGGAACCAUAGGCUACGUGCGCUGGACCCACGAGUUGGCUGAACCGCUUACGAUAUCGUUGAAGGACCUUAAUGACUACAUGAGAGGCGUGUCCAUGCCCACACAUCAAUACGCGCGUGCAGCGGAAUCGUACCUACAGCCAGGAGUGGUCGAACAAGGAGAAGGAGCUAAUAUGCUCCCGUUCCCAGACAUUGAAGUCCUCACUGCCUCAACUCGCGCUUACACUCGUAUUGUUCUGAGAAUUCGUGCACAGGCUGAAGCUGAAGCUAAAUAUUUGGCUCGUAUGGCAGCUGCAGAGGCUAGUCCUAACCAUAGGUCAUCGCCACAUGUUAAGAAGAACGGUCACUGGCAAUCGCGUGCUUCCAGUCGCGCACCAUCUCCGACGUCUUCAAUGUCUCACUCUCACAACCACGCCCAUGCUCAUAGUCCAGCUCGUGGGUCUAGGUCUAGAGCCAAUACUUCGUCAUCAGCAGCGAAGGCUUUCCAUUCGCCGUUGUACCAACUUCACCGUGCACCGCUGUUGCGGGUCUUUGUACCUUCUCCUGACGGGGAUUGGCUCUCUGAUACCAGUGUGAUGGAGUGUGAGGCUGAGCUCAAACGUGCGGGUGUGUCAAAGUUACUACGAGUUGGUGACGUGGUAUGGGAUGUGGCAGCAGGGGACGAAGGGAAUGUAGGGAGGAUGGUCUGGGAUGGACGUUAUUUGAUUGACCUCGAAUAUAAGUACUCGAAGGCAGGAGACCUCCCCCGAUACUUCCAUAGUCUCGCGUUUUCUCCCUCCUACUUCCAUCGUGUCAUUCGGACAGGCCCCAGUGCGAGUAGUAGUGGUGGCAAUCCUAUUGUCUACAUGGAUGUGAGUCCGUGGGGUGAUGAACUGGCUGCCAACUUGCAGCUAUUGCAGGAUAGGAUGAGAACAGAGACUCCUCAAGGUGCUCUUCACAACGUUGUACGCUGGGUUCACCGAACGUCUUUUGAGCUUCGACGACCUGUGCGGCCUCAUCAUUCCGACACGCGCAGCAAUCGCUCGAACAACUACCGUCUUCCUAUUCCUAAUGUUGAAGGUUUCUUCGUUGACCCUGGUUGGUAUGGUACUAUUGUUAUCGAGGCUGAAGGCACGAACGAGGGCCUGGCGGACCUACAAGAACGAUGUGGACCAGGUGUAUUCCCUCCUCGACCGGAAACUGUUAGUGGGAAAAGCCGAGGCGCAAAGCAGGAAGAUACUAAAAGAGUAUUCAGGAUUAUGCGCGAGAAGAGUCGUCCAGGAGAGAUCUGGAUUAGAACAGUGAGGGAUAAGGAGAGGUUAAUGUGAUCAAUUGUGGGAACAGGUAUCCCUGCGCUUGCAGAGGCAAGCCUUUCAUUCAUUUCUUUGCUGGAUGCUUUUUACUUUCUUUGCCUCCUGUUUGAGCGGACUGUUUCCUGGAAUCCAUUGUGUAGACUUAUCAUACUUAUGUAUUUUCCCUGCUUUCACGUAUGUUUAGCUGCAGUAAUAGAAUCUUAUAGACUUCUUUUCAACGAGUAUAAUGACAAU